AUGCUCCACCGUCAAUACCUUCCUAUACUCCUGCUAGUGAUGGGCUGCAUAGCUGACACCAAAACUGUGAACUAUCAAUCUCCAAUCAACGGCUUUGAAGGAAAAACAGAAUGCUCGAGCUGCAACGACGACGAGCUAGGCGUGACGCGGUGGACGAUGCCUCUGUUGAAAUCUGGAGAGAAGAGAUAUUAUCUCGGAAUAUUCUUUAAGGCGAACUGGUUCAAAGCGCAACAAUAUUGCAGAUUCCACGGUAUGCAUCUUGCUUCCAUCUCAUCACAGGAAGAAAACGACAGACUAGAAAAAUACGUCAGAGAAUCAGGUUACGGCCGAGAGCACUUCUGGACAUCUGGCACAGAUUUGGCUGAAGAAGGCAAUUUCUUUUGGAUGGCCAACGGCAGACCAUUGACCUUCGUCAACUGGAAUGCAGGAGAACCAAACAACUUUAGAUACGAAAACGGAGAGGAAGAGAACUGUUUGGAACUGUGGAAUAGAGACGACAAAGGCUUGAAAUGGAACGACUCGCCCUGCUCCUUCGAAACCUACUUCAUUUGCGAAGUUCGAUCUGAU